UAUACAUUUUGCGGGAAUCUGCAUAACCUUAAAAUAUCACCCAAACCAAAAUAAGUAAACGCAAUGUCGAUUCACGUAGAAAACACAUUACAAAAAACAAAUAAAGAAGCUUUCGAGCAGCGUGCACAUUACGUGCCGUGUAAAGUGGAAGAAGAUGGUCCCGCUAAUGUAGAGAAAUAUUUCGAGCCGUAUGUCGUUGAAGAAAAUGGAGAAUUAACGGCGUCCUUCCGUGGACACCCUCUAGAUGGCACCAAGAUGAGUUUCCCUGAGGGCUACCGAGCUGUUGUGGCCACUGAGGCGAAGAGACCACUCUCGGAAGACGCUGAUCGCAAAUUCCAUGUAAUAGGAGGCUUCAAAGAGUUUAUAUACUGGAAUUGGGACAAGAAACCGUCUAAGAAUGACAACAUGGUCAAAGCACUGGAUUGGAUAGACAUUGCUGAUGCGAUCCACGGCGAUUGAUCUUCGAAUAGACAUAAGGAGUAACAGCGAAAGAUGUUCAGCUCAUUCGGCGCCACCUCACUAACUUCAACAACUUUGCUGCGGCAAUUUGUUAUAACACAGUUUACACAGUUAAACAUGGUCCAGAAACUUCCUGCCUAUAGUUCGUU